AUGGAAAAAUUUCAAGUAGGAUUGCCGGCGAUGGAGUCAUCAAAUGAAACAUGUUCGUUGAAACGUGUCUUCUUGGUUAUCCUGAUCUUCGUUAUCGUUGGUCUAAUUGGUUGGAAUAGCUAUCUUACUCCGAAAACUAUCGAACUAGAACACGAAAUUAAUUCUCUUAAGAAAGAAAAUGAGCAUUACAAAGUGCACCCGCGGAGCGACGUGAGCGUCAAAAUAAUAAAGAAAAUCUAUGACCACGAAACUUCUUUGCGGCGUCUUGACAAUCGAACGGCCGCGAUUCAAAACGAGAUUCGACGAUUGGACACGAGAAAUAAAUCUGUCCCGAACACCGAACACGACUUGCGCCAGAGCUUUAAAGAUAUAAAGGAGCAUUUGGAUGUUCUUGUGAAAACGGUUGGGAACCUAAGCGCAGUUGUUUUGAGAAUGAAUAGUUCGUCGAGUUCAACGAUUUCUCGUCUGCGUAGCAGUUUGAACGAAACCAAAAAUGAUCUCAUCCGUCUUCAGAAUGAUAUGGCGCACUUGAAUAAAUCUAUACACACAGAUAUUACACCCUUCCUUAUAUCAGCCGUGAAAGAUGUCAGUGAUGAAUUAAACACACUAAGAAAGUUGACAACAGCAAAUGUUAGCGAGCUUUGGAGACAUUGGAAUCGCACGGACGCCGAAAUCGAGGAUAUCAUAAAAUUGAUUGCUCAGCAAAAUGAAACUCUUCAUUUCAAAAUAGCGUAUCACUCCGACCGCUUGUACUCUGAGGUGAAAGAUGUUGAAAAAAAGCAGUCGAGGCUUCGUGAUUACACUGUCAAAAACGUCAAGGAUAUCCGUAACGAGAUGAAUCAAACGCGGCAAGGUCUUCAACAGAGUUUCGACAAUGAAAUCGCACGGGCGAACAGAAGCUGGCACAACGCACUUGAAGAAAUCGACGUGUCUCUGCGCUUGUCCAUGGCAAAGAUAAAUUUAAAGGCAGACGGGAUUAAACAAGAGCUCCAAAAGAGCAUAGAUAAUAUUAUGAAGAAACAGAAAGCAACAAACGACGAUUUCUUAAAAACGAAGCAAGCGUUCCAAGAAAAGGACAGGAAGCACGACUCGGACAUUUCCGGUGAAGCGUCGGAAAUGAAGAAGGUGAAAACCAGGAUUGAGACUCUGGAAGGAAAACUGGAUUCAAAGACAAGGACGAUUUCAGACCUGCAAUGGGACCUCCAAAAUCUGCAGAACAGUGUCAAUAAAAUGAAAAAUAAGGCAAAUAGAGUGUUGGGAAGCUAUGCUCCACUCAUUCUUGUAUUGCUGUACAUCUUAACCUGUUAA